AUGGCACCUUGCUUGGGUCCUCCCAAACGGCUAUACUUCAGCCUUGAGGGUGUUGCUGUCACUCUCUUCUCGCGGGUUGCAGUCUGCUGCCCAUGUGGUGAAGCUCCUCUCUGCACACUCCUCUUGUCCGAAGCUCGCCUCCCUACCGUUCAGAUUAUCCGCCCGCACCUUCCCUCUUCAUCCCGCUUCCUCCUCCUUACGUUUCGGACGGUAGCACGCCGAUUUCCGCCCGUAACGCGCUCAGCCGUCCCCUCCCCCCUCCCUGUCUCGUCGCGCGCGCAUUGCGCUCUUGCCGCCGCGCGCGCUAAGCAUCAUCCAGCAGCGCGCGUGCCUGCCCUUCCUUGCGGCGCGCUCUGCCCUUCCUCAAUCCGCCCCUUCCCUCACCCUCCUCCUCCUUCCCUCUCUCCUUUGUGCUUCCCCCAAUACCUCACCUCUUCCUCUUCCUAUUUUCUCUCCCCAUCUGCUGCGGCUCGCAGCUCCUUCGGCACAGCAGCAGACUUCUCCGCCGCUAUCCCUCCUCCUCUGGUUUCUCCCCUCAUCGGCGCAGCAGCAGACUACUCCGCCAUUUUCCCUCCUCCUCUGGUUUCUCCCCUCAUUGGCGCAGCAGCAGACUACUCCACCAUUUUCCCUCCUCCUCUGGUUUCUCCCCUCAUUGGCGCAGCAGUAGACUACUUCACCAUUUCCCCUCCUCCUCUAGUUUCUCCCCGCAUCGGCUCAGCAGCAGACUACUCCGCCACUUUCCCUCCUCCUCUUGUUUCUCCCCUCAGCGGCUCAGCAGCAGACUACCCCGCCCUUAUUCCUCCGCCUCUUAUACCUCUCCCCACAUCUGCUCUGCAGCUGUUUCCUCCUCCUCAUGGCGACCUCUCUCGCCCUCCCCUCCCUCCCUCUGCUGGUCCUUCAGCUUGCGCCCAAUGGCAUGGCUUUAACCUCUGGUUUGUCACUCAGCAGAGUGGUUCUGGCGCCAUUCCCACCUCUCCCUCUGGACCCACCUCUUCCUCCUCUGACCCCUAUGCUGAUGGCCUCCGUGCUGCCAUUGCUGAAACUGAGCGGCUUGUGACCACGGCGCAAGCCACCACCACGGCUGCUCCUGACAAUGCUGCUGCCCGUGACUUAGCUCGUAUUCUUGCUGAGUCCCUCGAGAGCACCCGCAAGCGCCUCAGUGAGCACCUCGCUGCCCCUUCUCCUCGCUCUGCGUCUACGCCCAUUUCCUCUGCUCCAUCUCACUCUGACCUUCUCGCUGACUGGCAUUGCUCGCACAUCCGCUAUGCCAAGGACCUUCUCGGCUAUCUUACCGAGCGCUUCCAGUCGCAGACUCCUAUCAGUGUCGUUGCCCUCUUAUGCGAGCUCACCUCUCUUCGCCUUGCUGACUUCACCACCAUGGCGGACUACAUCGCUCGUGUGCAGACGCUGUCCUCCCAACUUGCCUUUCAAAAGUUUGAACUUUCCGAUCAUGUGUGCGGUGCCCUCCUCCUCACAUGCCUCACUCCUGAAUACAGUGUUCAUGUCACUCUGUAUGGUGAGCGCCCUGCCGACCAGUGGUCGUUCUCUCGUGUCUCUGCCUUCCUCCUCCAGGCAGAGCUCAACCUCCGCAGCUGCCCUCCUACUGCCGCCGCUGUCACACCCUCUUCCGCCCCCCCCCCCCCUCUCCCCACCUCCACUGCCGCCGCUGCUUCCUCUCGCCCUUGCAACACCUUUCCUCCUUGCACCUACGUCAUUCGCCAGGGGCCCCGCAAGGGUCAGCCCUCCAGUCGCACCAAUCAUCCCGCCUCCUCCUGCUUCCUGAAGCUCACCGAUGACUGGUUCCUGGCUGGCAACACUGGUUGCCCUCCCAAUUGGCUUCAACUCUCUCGUCAGCGUCGCUAG